GUAGCCAUUUAGGAAAGGCAGUGUCAGCAAAUCAGCUCCUUUGUUGUUCAACGCAAGUGCCAUUCCAUGUGGCUACUGCUAGUUUGCAUGAGGACAAAAGGGCAGUUUUCUGGGACAACAAGCAGUAUUUAAAUCUUCUCGAUGUAUCAGUGUGGAUAACGGUACAAUUUGGAGUACAGUGGCACAUCCCAUCCCUGCAUCGAGCAGGAUGAGUGGAACUGAAGGUGGAGAGCAGUCCCUGUUCUUUCUAAUUCUCCCUGACCUGAGGAAGCUGUGCUGUGUCACCCUGUCCUUGCAGUCUGAUGAUGGAGAAGUGAGAAACAAGCAGGUGAAAACAUGCAGGGAGCUGUUGUUAUUGUAUGCAGACAUCAUUGCCUCUCCGGUUUUGGGGUGCUUCUCAGAGAUCACAAUGGUGAUGGCGAUUCCCUUUUUUAAAAGAGGAAUAGUACAAGCUUAUGUACAACGACACAGUCUGCAGAUGGGCUCUCCUCAGAGGGUCUUCCCUGGUAUUCUACAGACCUGUCUGUCCUACUCCUUGACCAGCAGGCUGGCGCCAAACUGGAACAAAGUCGGACAGUUCCUUAUUGCUGGGAGGGAUUUUCUGGCUGAUUCGGGGAAGCUCAACGCCAUUGUGAUCGAGCUGAGUGCCAAUGAAAGCCAGCUGUGUGUCAGUGUGGAGGCCAACACUGUCCGACUCCCUCCAAUCAGGUUGGCAGACUUUGACAUCCCUCCCAUGGUCCUGCGGAACUUCCAUAGCCAGCCAGAUGCUGUUAUCCAGACCUCCAUGUCCAGCAACUGGUGUUACAUUCUGCCAAGCAUGAAAAGGGGUCAGAUCGUCAGCAUCAGUCACCGGAUGCCCACCGAGAGCCCCUUCCAGUGCUACGCUGACAUCCAAAAUCACUGGAGCAGUUUGUAUGGCUACCAACUCCCCCAAAUUGAUGAGGAAGAAGUGAUUUAUUGCAAUGUAUACUUCAAACUGGUUGGAGAAAGGCUGUUCACAUACCCUCUGAGCUGUAUCCGGACUGACCCGGUGCAGCGCUGUCCCAGGGUGGACCUCCAGGGGGCACUCAGCUCCUUCCUAUCCCACCUGAGAGAGAGCCUGCAGACUGUCUGUGGCUUCCCAGCCCGCAUGACCAGCAAGCCCUGCUACCACACCACCAGCCUGCUCAGCAUUGCCUCAGCACAGGUGGCUAGUGGCAAACCGGUGAACUUGACGACCAAGUCAGCUAGCAGGCCCGUGCUGAGUCAACUCCAUGCCUCCUGCCCCCUCAAGCCCUCAUUUGGGGGGGCACCAGGCGCCCAGACUUUCAGCCAGCCAGUGGGACAGAGUGGCAGCAGCAGCUUUCUCAGCACUGGGAGAACCCAGGGGGUCCAUCCCACUCCCACUCAGAGCUAUACCCCAGGGAGAGGCUUGCCCUCCUCCUCUCUCUAUCGCAGUGCUGCCCCUCCCCAACCCACCACACACCCCCAACACAGCCAGGCCCCACCGACUGGACCCAAGAUGGUACCCAUCUUCAAGAACAAGGCCCUCCCGCGCCAUGUCAAUGUCACCCAGCUUCUGGCUGAGAAGCAGCAGAAGAGAGCCGAGGAGCAACGGCAGACACCUGUGUCGGGACAGAAGAGGGCCUGCCCAGCCUUCUCCUCUUCCUUUUCCUCCUCGUCUGUUCCCCUCUUUUUGCAUUCCUCGUCUACCUCUUCCAAGUGGACAGAGGAAGCCCGCCGGCCCACUCCAGUGUCCAUGCCUCACUUGACCCCCUUUCCGAGGCCUGAAGGGGUUUCCCCACAUUCCUCCCAGGUGCACGCCAGUGAGAGAGCUUUCAGAGUGAGGGACGAGAUCGCCUCAGGUCCCCAUCAUCUUCUUCCAUCUGGUCUGCUAGGCAACAGAGGGGGGGAAUGGUUUGAGUCAAAACCAAAGAAGCCAAAGUCUGCAGUGCAGGAUGUGGACGUGGAGAAACACGCGAGAAGUAACCAGCUGUCGAAGAUCAAUGUGACGACCCUGCAGGCCUGGCUGAAGAGCCGUGGAGUGGUGGUACGGUCCAAGGAAAGGAAAGAGGAGCUGGUGUCAAAGGUCAUGCGUUGCCUGAGUGAAUCUUGAGUAGUGAGGGUCACCUUCCAGACAGACACAGAGAGGGUCAUUUUACACUAUUCAACAUCACAGAGAACGGGCUGGUUUUAAGGGUCAUUGAUAGUGAGCUUUGUAUUGCUAUCAGGGUCUGUGUUAUCAUUCUUGAAUGAUAUGCACUGUACCUGUAUGGUGUUCUUGUUAUGAAGUUAAUACCCACUGGGCACAGAAGUCAAUUCAACUGAGGUAGUAAGAUGUUUCUGGCCUUAAGUUUGAGGUAAGAACAGAUAAUUUAUGUAAUAUAUUUUUUGAAUUUAUUUGUUUAACAUAAAAAGAGUAAUAUAUCUCCUAUUUAUAUAGUUUUGUUUUAUAUAUUAGUAAUUUUUAUUAAUCCCCAUUUCUUGCUUUUCUUGUUCAAGAUGUAAUUUUCUGUAGUAUGUAUGAGCUUUAUUUCAGAAAAGAUCAAAGCAAAUGUCUGUUAGUACUUAUUCAAUAUUCAGAUCCUUUGAAAUUGUGCAUACACAUUGAUUGCCAUAAUAAAACAAAGAUGUUUUUAAUAUUAAAUAGAAAAGAUUCCCCAUGUAAAAUGAAUAUGGCCCCCUUACACGUUUUGCUCUCAGCAGAGUGAAUGUUCUGUGACCAGACCUGGAUUCCAAUACUAUUCGAAAAUCUUCAAAAAAAAAGAAAGAAAUUUUGUGGGAGUGUUUGCUUUAACCUACAGGAGUGCCAGGUGGCCGGCGUUUGCACUUUGGGGACUUUUCUAUUAGUUCCACUGCAAAAGGCAAACAGAUAAAGUAUUUGAAAUUAUUUCAAAUAUAAUUUGAACCCAGGUCUACCUCUGACCUUAUUGAUUGAAGUGUGCUAUGUUUACUGAGCCAGCCAGUCAAUAUUUAAAUGAUGUGAGAAAUGGUGGUGGAAGCGCCUUUAUGCACAAAUAUUGAUAUAAUAACUAUAUCAAAGUAAACUUGGAGUCACGCAAUGAUAUGUUGUGUGGUCCUCCAACUAUGACUCUGGAAAGCAUGCAGUUUAUUAGGCUACAGAUGAAAUAAGUUAUGAUGAACUUCACAGGGUGGUGAAAGUGCAAGGUAAUGAGCUUGAUACUCCUUUUCAAUAAAUAUAGAGGGUUUUAUUCUGGUGACUGAUGCUUGGCUGCCAUUUGACAAAUAAAAAUAAUCUUGCUCUUUCGUCUAUAAUCAUUUCAUCAUGUAGGCUAUACCUGCACUGUAUCUGCGAGCUGUUGUCUAGAGCGCACGUGCCAAGACCAGAGUGGGCACAUUAGCUAUAUAAUUUCUUGUGGCAAAACCAUCAGUAGAUUUGAAAAUGCGAUGGAAACCCAUUUAACUUUAUUCGGGCACAUGGGAAUCUAAUCAAGAAAGUUAUUUUCAUGUGAACUAUGUCAUCACGCAUCGCCUAUUAUCCGUAACAAGUCAAUUUGAUGGAAACACAUCUCUGGUGGGAAAAUACGCAUUUUGUUUUCAUGCAGAUUUUAGAAUAUUCGCAUGAAAAUGUGUCGAUAGUUGGAUGGUACCCUAGCUAGAGACAGAAUUCUAGAGUGUGAUGGCUAUUGCGACAGCACAAAAGUCUUGUAUAACUAAGUAUGCUGGAAUGCGCUGCGGUGGUUGUUGGAGACAUCUGUAAUGAUACCCUCAGUCUGGAUCAACUGCAAAAGUGUA